GAAAUAAUUUUUUGACAUUUCCAUCUGUCAAAUUAAUUUUCGUGGAAAAGCCGAAAAAUGAGUUUCCAAUCGACUCUUUAUAACUCGAUUUUUAAAAGGACCUCCACUUUGGUGGCUGUGGCCGUUGUUGGGGCGUUUUUCUUCGAAAGAACGCUCGAUUUAGGCGCCGAAUCCAUAUUUAAUUCGAUCAAUAAAGGGAAAUUAUGGAAAGAUAUUAAAGAUAAUUAUUCCCAAUGAGAUGUUUUAGUUAAAUUAAA